AUGGCGUACCUGGGAAAGCUGUACAAACAUGACAAGGAUGAGAACUUUGACACUUUUCUCAAUAGUCUGGAUUUUCCAGCCGACAUAAUUGCUGCCUACUCGAACUCCAAGCCUGAUCACAAGCUAGAGAAGAACGGUGAUUCAUACACUUUGACCACUAUUACACCAGAUCAGACUAAAGUUGUCACCUUUAAGGAUGGAGUAGAAUUUGAUGAAGAAGUUACAGGCGGACGAGUUGUGAAAACCACAUUUACUGUUGACGGCAACACUCUCACGCAAGUUCAGAAGUUCACUGAUGUUAUCGCUAUUACUAAAAAGAGGGAGUACUUCGAAGAUAAGCUUAUCCUGACACUUACAUGGACCAAUUGGGAUGGCAUAGCGCGUAGAUACUACAAAGUUUAA